CGCAAUCGGUGGUGUCGCACCGUUCGCUUCCAUCUCGCGUGGCACGAGAGCAACUAGAUCGAUUCCAGUCCAAUUUAGAUUUUUCGUCGCUUAAACGUCACGCUUCUGUACCGAAUAUUUAUAUUAUGCCAGGUGUCGUGGGGAUUUAUCUUGUAGCCAAACUUUGUGCAAGUGGUAGAGUGGCACGAUUUUCGCGAAAAAUGUGCGAAAGUUGUGAAUUGAUCGAGGUUGUCGUAGUGGGUCUCGUUUCACCGUUCAUUUUCUUCCAUUUUUGAGAGGAAUUCAAAAUAUCGAAUGGAUUAAUCGACAGAAAGAACGAGAAUGGAUUACUGUUAUUCGUUCUUCGAUCUUCUUCGAUCCUGUUUCCUAUAAUAUAUAUUUCGAAUCUUUUUCUUCUGUGAAAGGAAUACGUACAUAGUAAAAUUAUAUACAGGUAUUGGCUUAACACAAUUCACAAAAUUAAAUAUUUCAAAAGUAAAUUGCAUUAUCACCUUCAAUAUUGACAUUGUUGGUAUUAUCAGUGCUACUCUAAUUUCUCUCCAUUGCAACCGACACGUCGAGUCCACGAUUCAAAACAACAGAUUGAACAACAGAGGAUCGAGGAUAAAAAUAUGACGGUGACUAAAACGAAUGGGAAAGCGGCGAUAGAGACGAGAAUUUUCAAGGAGGAUGAGAAGGAGGUUCGAAAUAAUAGCGCGUUGUUAUCUAUGGGAAAGGAGAGAGAGGAGGAGGAUGAAGACGAGAUCACGUUGGAAGAUUUGGCUCCCGAUGGUGGUUGGGGAUGGGUGGUCGCUGUAGCCAUGAUACUGAUCUUUAUUACGACGUUCGGGCCAACUUCGUCGUUUGGAAUAAUAUUCGGCGAUUUUCUGGAAGAAACUGGCCAAGCUGGUACCGCGAUGACACUUUUCAAUUCCGUUUUCAUGGUCACAUUCUCUAUUGCCGGUUUGAUGACCAACACUCUGCUCAAGAGGUAUUCCAUGAGGCCGGUGGGGGUGGUAGGGGCGAUGCUGUUCUCGUUUCCAAACGUGUGCCUCGCGUUCGUGCGGAACGUGUACGAGAUGGCAUUGAUAAAUUUCCUGCAAGGAUUAGGGCUCGGCCUGAUUUUCACCAUUUGCAACACGAAUUUCAACGCGUACUUCGUGAAGAGGAGGGCGCCGGUGAUGAGCGCGGCCCAAGUGAUCGUCGGCCUCGGUGGAAUCGCGUAUCCCAUAUGCAUCGAGAAAAUGAUGAGAAUGUACGGGUUUCGAGGGACCGCGUUAAUGACGGGCGCCAUGAGUUUGAACUCCAUCGUCGGGAUGACGAUGAUGCAUCCCGUUGAGUGGCACGCGAGGAAACCGGAAGACGUCAGGGCGGAGAAGAGGCGGGCGAAAGAGGAGUGGAAAUUGCGUGGUGUAAUACCGGCGUCGGAUCGUCGUUACAGCGAUUUUAUAACAGCUCCUGUAAAAACAAGAUGCAGCAGCUUAACGAGCCUCAAGGACGAGAGUGGAAAACAGGUUCCGCUUUUGAUUGAAACGUUGAAAACGCCAGCGAAAAGGGUAGCCUCGAUAUCCGAGAUCGAAGACAGAAUUUACAAUCGAAUGAAAUCUAAAUCGAUGCGUGAAUUGUUGACGCAACGAUUAUCCGCGUUUUCCUCGUCAAGUUUGGUGAAUUUGGUGACGGGGAUCGGAAGCCUAGGGGACACUAGGCAGCAUCACUCGGACGGGACGAAAGUGAGGAAAAUAGAGAAGGGAGUGCAAGUUGCGAUGGAAGAGAAAAAGGAUAUCGGUAAAGGUUCUCUACAAGAAAUCUGGGAAGAACUUCUGGAUGUCUCGCUUUUAAAGAAUUGCGGUUUCAUAAACAUUUGUAUGGGAAUCAGUUUCGUGUUGUCGAGCGACUUCAUAUUUUCUUACCUUUUGCCACUGAUGAUGACCAACAGUGGUUACACGAAAAGUCAAGCGGCCUUGGCAAUUACCGUCUGUGCAACCGCGGAAUUAGUAUCCAAGAUUUUGCUCGCAAUUUUCACUUUGUUGGUAAAAGUCAAAGCGAAAUAUAUAUUCUUCGUCGCUAUGAUUGGCAUGGCGUUCGCAAAAAUUGGUUACUUAAUAUACAAUGAAACGUUGGUCGGCAUGUUUGUGAUGAUAACGAUUAUAGGAAUGGUCAGAUCAUGGUUGUUGGUCCCUCAACCGUUAGUUAUCAUAGAGGAUGUUUGUAUAAAUAAAUUCGCCUCGGCGUACGGUAUUGCCGGGGCUAUUAACGGAAUGGUUUCUAUAGUGUGUGGCCCGAUCGUUGGAUUCAUGAAGGAUUGGACCAACAGUUUCGUCGUUUGCCAGCUCGCCCUUAUUCUAAUGAACGUCCUGUUCGUUAUCCCGUGGGCAGUACAAUUCUUCUCGGUUGAUUUACUAAAGAGGAGGAAGGAACGGGCGGAUAAUAAAAUUGCCGCCCAAACUUCCGCUCCCUUUUCUACGGAUUGAAAGAAGGAGAGAGAAAGACAUUGUUGUGCUCUGUAUAUAUAUAUAUAUAUAUGUAUAUACAUGCACGCAUUUGCUAUAUAUAUUUUGUACAAAAGACGAGAAAUUAUUUUAUUAUUUAUAAAAAUAUAUA